AUGAAUAGGAAACGGAAUGUAAACUAUAUAAAGCCAGAAGAUCCUGAGUUCCUAAAAGUUCUUAAAAAGCAGGCGGGUUAUGAUGUAAAAAAUCACAAGUUUGAUGAUCUUAUGAAUGCUAAGGAAGACUUUGUUGAUGAUGAUGACAGUGAACAACCACAAGUUGUUGUUCUUAAAGAAGGAGAUUUGACAGCAGAGCAAGCAGAUAUUGAGAGGAAAAAAAUAGAAAAAUCUGAAGCCGAAACUAAAGCUGAUUUGGAUCAAAGAGUGAUAUUUAAACCCAAGGAAAAGUUACUAGAACCAACAAGUAAAAGAAAAAGAAUAGACAAAUCUGCAAAGGAAUCAAAUGAAAAAAAAAACCGCCAGCUGUUGUCAUUUCAAGAUGAUGAUGGUGAUGAUGUUAGCAAUGAAACAUAA